ACGUUAUACUAACACGUCUCCAUUUCCUUACGACACACAUUUUAGUGUUAUGUUGUAGUGUUAUAUUUUAUCUAUGGCGGCGGCAUUCACGUUUGCUGAACCAGUUUGGAUAUUUCAGACAUCAUUUGAAGGCACCAUGUUUUGUGACGUUUACCCUGAAAACGAAACUUAACUGCUGGCGUAGACUUCAUCUACAGUGGGCCCAGCCUUACGAAAACAUGGAGGUAGAGUGAGACGAAAGCGGAAAAGAUGUACUAUUCUGACAUUUCCAUACAUUAUGUAAUUUGAGUUUGUCUGUUCAUAAUGGCAACGGAAAACUGCGUAGCCAAACUAAACGAGUUUGCACAGAGAAAACGCUCGCUGCUGAUUUUUGAGGACGUUGGAGCUGUUGGCCCUGAUCACAUUAAAACAUUCACCGUGAGAGCAGUCUUGAAUGGGAAGGUGUAUCCUGAUGGCGUGGGGAAGAACAAGAAGGAAGCCAAACAGAACGCAGCUAAAAAUGCCCUCAGAGGCCUGCUGGAGGAACCAUCUGACUGUACAGAAAAUGCAGCAGAAACGGCCACUUCAACAGUUCUUCAGACGAGUAUCAGUAACACCAACUAUAUAUGUUGGCUCAAUGAAUAUGGUCAGAAGAACAGGCUGACUAUAAGGGCUGUGGAGUCAACCAGACUGGGACCCAGUAAUGCUAUUCAAUGUUGCAGCUUUGUGGUUGGUGAUAAGGAGUACCCAGCUGUCUCUGGAAAUACAAAGAGGGAAGCCAAGGAGGAAGCAGCAAAGCUUGUAUUUGAUGUGAUACAUGGCAGUAAAACUACAGAGACUGAAGAUGAGAAAUGCAGUGCCACGUCAAGUCAGCAAAGGGAGGAUUUGAAACAAAAUGUGUCAGAAAUCUGUGAUAAGACAAAAGGCUUGAGUGUAAAGACAGAAGGUGGAAGCUUUUCAGAGACUAAUUUCAUUGGAAUUGUGAACCACUACUGUCAGAAAACAAAGCGCUCCCAUGAUUACAUCUUAGACAGAAGAUGUGGUCCACCACAUAGCCCCCAAUUUUUCUACAAAUUAGUGAUCAACGACAAGGAAUACCCUUUGGCUGAGGGUAAGAGUAUCAAGGAAGCCAGACAAAAUGCAGCUCAGCUGGCCUGGUCUGCUCUUCAAGAACAGUCCGACUGGGACAGCAAGAUAACUUUCUGGUCAGCUGUGUCUGAUGACGGUGGACCAGCCAGGCCGCCCACACUACCAAGCACACCGGAGUCUCGUGAUGCACAAUCAAAAGGCAUACCGCCAACUACAAGUGACUCAGCUGUUUUCACCAGUCCAUUGAAUCUUCUCAAGGAUAAGGAUCAAAGGAAGGAUCAAAGUCCUGAUGUGAAGCCCAAAAUAAGACUCGCAGCAAAUUUCCUAAAUGCCCGCAAACACAGCAAAGAGGAAAUAGUCAAUUUCAGUGGCCAGAAUGCAGGAAAUAGUCUGAGUGAGAAAACAACCACCCAGUCAGUAAUCUCAAGAUUUACAUCAGAAUUUGACUCCAUAGAGCGCCUCGGCAAAGGAGCCUUUGGUCGUGUUUUCAAGGCAAAACAAAAACUGCUGGGGAAGUUUUAUGCUGUAAAGAUUGUCCGCUGCAAAGAAAAAGCUCUACGAGAGGUGGGAGCAUUAUCUGACCUCCAUCACUGCAAUAUUGUUCGAUACUUCACAUGUUGGAUGGAAGAGUCAGAGUACCAAUGGGACGAUACAGCUGACAGUAGCAGUACUUCACAGUCAACCAGUAAUUCAUCUGCAAAGUUCCUCUAUAUUCAGAUGGAGUUGUGUGACCUCAGAACACUCAGAGUGUGGAUAGAUGAGAGGAACAUUCAGAAUGUGAAAAAAUCUCGGCGAGACUCCAAAAGAAGAGAAGACAGUCUGACCAUUGCUCAGCAAAUAGUCUGUGGAGUCGACUACAUUCACUCCCGGAUGUUAAUCCAUAGAGACCUGAAGCCUGCCAACAUCAUGUUUGGGCGAGGUGGAGAAGUGAAGAUUGGAGACUUUGGUCUGGUCACUGCAGAGAAUGAUGACGAUGCUGAGAACGUGAUGGAGAGAACAGUGUACAAAGGAACCCCGUCUUACAUGGCUCCUGAGCAGAAGAGCAAGACCACCUAUGACCGAAAAGUGGACAUAUUUGCUUUGGGGCUGAUAUAUUUUGAACUUCUCUGGAACCUCUUUACUGGCCAUGAGAGGAAAGUGAUUUGGGACGAUGCCAGAAGCCAGAAACUUCCUCAAGGGUUUUCACACAAUUUUCCCAAAGAGAACCAAAUUAUAAAGUCAAUGCUGCAUGUGAAGCCAGAAGAACGACCUGAAGCAAGUAAACUAAAGUCAGACCUGGAAGAGUACGCUCAUGUACUCCACGAGUUAAAAAAUAUGCAACGAGACAGUAAGACUUGCGCAGUGACGCGGGCUUCGACGCAAGGUUUAGAUAGAAACCAGGAAGGGAGGAGUAAUGUAAGCUUUUCACUCAGAUAUGUAAUUUUUUAUGUAGUUGUGAACUUCGUCAUUUCGCCAUUUAUGAUGGAAACGAGAGAUUUCGUUUCUGAACUUCACGAUCAUGCGCGGAGAACACGCUCGUUGCUGAGAUUUGACGAGGUUCGCUCUCAUGGCCCUGACCAUGAUAAAACAUUUAUCAUAACAGCAGUCCUGAAUGGUAAAGUCUAUGGGAAUGGCGAAGGGAAGAGUAAGAAGGAAGCCAAAAAGAAUGCAGCUGAAAUUACCUUGAGAUAUUUGUUGAAGACACAACAACAGGACCCGGCUGAAUCUACAGAAAAUGCUGCUGAAAAUACUACUUCAUUACUUUAUCAGACAAGUAUCUCUGAUACCGACUACAUAGGCCUGCUCUAUGACUAUGGGGUUAAGAACAAGGUCACUAUAGAGUCUACGGAGUCAAUAGCAGUGCAAUCAAGUAUCUGUUUUCUAUGUAGGUUCAAGGUUGGUGAUAAGGAGUACCCACCUGCAUCUGCGAAAACCAAGAAGGAGUCUAAGAAGAAAGCAGCCAAGCUUGUGUGUCUGAGCUUAGGAGUGAAGCCUAAAAACAGAGGGACAAAUUUCAUUUCAUUAGUCAUCGAAUACUGUCAGAAAACACGCCGAAUCUACAAUUUUAUUGAAGAGAAAAGAAGCGGUCCAGAACUCCCUGAAUUUUUUUACAAAUUAGUGAUCAAUGGCAAGGAUUACCCUGUGGGUAAAGGAAAGACUAUCACGGAGGCCAGACAAACUGCAGCUCAGCUGGCCUGGUUUGCUCUUCAGGAACAGUCAGACUGGGAUGGCAAGGUGUCCUUCAGGUCAACAGUGUCAGAAGAUAGUGCAGCAACAAUGAUGCCAUCACCAACAAUGACACUGGAGUCCACUAACGCAUCAUCCCAAAUCAUGGCAAGGAGUACAAGUGAAUCAGCAAUAGUCACAGAUUCAUCGAACCCCCCUGAAGCUAAGGUGCCCCUCAGGUCAGCUGUGUCCGUUGACAGUCCACCAACCAGGUUGUCGGCACCAUCUUCACUGGAGUCUCUUGAAACAUCAUCACAAAGCAUGCCAACGGGUACAAGUGAAUCAGUAAUCUUUACAGAUUCUUCAAAUCCUUCCAAAGAACAGGAUGCUGUCGAUAACAAAAAUAUUGAAAACAAACCAAAUGAGACGACAACCCUGUCAAGGUUGUCUUCAGACUUCGACUCUAUAGAGUGUCUUGCUAAAGGAGGCUUUGGUCAUGUUUACAAAGCAAGAGAAAAACUGAUGGAUAGGUGUUAUGCUGUAAAGGUUGUCCGCAGUAAAGAAAAAGCUCUACGAGAGGUGACUGCAUUAGAAGACAUCCUUCACUGUAAUAUUGUUAGAUACUACAAUUGUUGGUUGGAGGACUCAGAAUAUCAUUGGGACAGUACAGUUGGCAGUUGCAGCACUACUCAGUCUAGCAGUAAUUCAUCACACAAGUUCCUCUAUAUUAAGAUGGAGUUGUGUGAGACCAACACACUCAAAGACUGGAUAAAUGAGAAGAAUGAGGAAACUGUACAAGAGUCAAAGAGAAGAGAAGAAAGUCUACCCAUUGUCCAGCAAAUUGUCAGUGGAGUCAAAUGCAUUCACUCCAAGAAGCUCAUCCACAGAGACCUGAAGCCUGCUAACAUCAUGUUUGGACAAGAUGGAAAAGUGAAGAUUGGAGACUUUGGUCUGGUCACUGCUGAGGCUGAUGACGACGAUGAAAACCAGACUGAGAGAACAGAUGAAACAGGAACCAUAUCUUACAUGGCUCCUGAACAAAGGAGCAAUACAAUGUAUGACCGGAAAGUGGACAUAUUUGCUUUGGGAUUGAUAUACUUUGAACUACUUUGGAACCUCUCUACUGGCCAUGAAAGAGGAGUGAUUUUGAGUAAUGCCAGAAGUCAGAUGCUUCCUGAAGAAUUUUCAUUGAAGUUUCCUCAAGAGAACCAAAUAAUCAUGUCAAUGUUGUGUGUGAAGCCAGAGGAGCGACCUGAAGCAGGUGCACUAAAGGCCGACCUGGAAAAGUGGGCUCAGACGCUCAGUGCUUAACAUAUGUGUCAGGAAAAAGUAAUUGUCUGAUUAUCACCAAGGCUUGUGAUACGUCAUAGGAAAUUCUGGAAAUCUGUCUCUUCUGAUGUCUGUAUUUUCAUGGAAUUAUGUGAUAAACUGUUUUUAAUAUCAUUUCCUUAUAAAAUCUUUAAUGUACUACACUUAACAUAAAGCUGUACCCUGACCGAUGGCCAUGGAUGGCAGCUUGGCAUCCUGUGUUUUUCUAAAGGACACUUCAAACUCCAGACAGAGGGUCGUAUCAUUAAACCUGUGAAUAAUGGACCAUGUCAAAAGAAAUGCCAAUGUAAUGGGUUUUAUAAUCAUGGAAUGAAGCAUGAAAUCAAACACUAAGAUGAUUUCAAUUUUUUUUAUUAAAUUUAUUUAUAUCAUGGGCGAUGUACAAAAAACAAUAAUCUCAAAAAAGAGGAAAGAUGCUUUUACCAGAUUUAGCUACUAUCUUAUAUCCAUCUGCAGUCCCUGGGCAGGUUAAGGAACCGAUAUAACACAGAACAUCACCACUACAAAUCGUCUCACAUCCAAUUCAUAACCACGUAGACAUACGCAGACCCACAUACGCAUAGGCAAAAUAACACACUUCACAGGAACAAACACAAAACAGAAUAUAGAUAUCAAAACUACAUACAAAUAUCCAUGGUUAUAAAAACAAGUAAUCAGAAUGUCAAAUUAAUGUUUGAAUGUAUUUAAACUGAUGUCACAUUACAGCCUUUGCUUUGUAUUGAAUAUGUUAAGUUGGACAAUGAAAUAAUAGUUAUCCCCGGGCAAAAUGGUAAUUUAUUUACAGUUAUUACUUUGUAUGUAGACAGCCUGGCAGCCCAUUCUACAGGUGGCAUACAGCUGCUUGAGAGUUUCUGCUGCAGGUGUACAAUUCCACGGUACGCCAAAAUGUUCAGAGAUGACACUGCAGCAUUUAUGUACCAUCCAAUACAAUAUGAAUGUUGUCUUUCAAAAAAAUAAAUCAUAUUACCCUAUCA